UCACACCCCUCCACAAUACCUCUCUCUCUCUCUCUCUCUGUAUAGUUGUUUUUCUCCAGCUAAGCUAAUUUAUAUUUGCCUCUCCCUCUCCCUCUCCCUCUCCCUCCGCGGGGAGUUCCUUUGUCUCCCAUUCUACUUCAAGAUUUCAUUUUUCUUCUUCUUGCUUCUGGUUUCUGGUGCUUUUCUUUCUUUCUUUUUGUUUGUUUGUUUGUUCUCUUUUCUUUUCUUUUUGGUCCCAGAGAAAUGUGAGGAAAAGAAGAAUUUUGUGUUAUCGUUUCUUUUUUUGAAAUGAUUAUUUUUUUUUUACGUUAAUUGUGUUUUGUAAGUAUUGAAUUCUAGCCGGUGAAAGCUAUAUAUAAAUUGAGUCGAAUAGUUUUGUUGAUUACAGCGAGUGAAAUCUAAGCUUUUUACUCUUCUUUUAUUUUAAUUCAAUCAAGCAUGAUUGUGUUCGAUGGAAAUGAUCGAAAAACAGAAAUUGCUGACCUGGGUUUUUUGUUUGUUUAUCAAAGUGAAUGAAAAAUGGGCUCUUUUUACUCGGAGUUAUUUGCACUCCUAAUUUUGUUCUGUGUGGGUGGCAAUCUUUUCAACAUGGAGGGUUUUGAAACUUGCAAGGUUAAAAAGAUGAUUUUGAUGAUGAAUUGUAGUCAGUGAAGGCUAGGCUUUAAAAGUCUGGUAUUUGGCUGCCGCCUCCCUGCUUCCCCCCUUUUCUGCCAGUAAAUGGGCUGUUUUAGUUCUAAAGUAGCAAGACAGUUCCCUGGACACGAGGACCCUGUUGCCCUUGCCUCACAAACAGCUUUUAGUGUGAGUGAAGUUGAAGCACUUUUUGAACUAUACAAGAGCAUUAGCAGUUCCGUGGUUGAUGAUGGGUUAAUAAGCAAGGAAGAGUUUCAGUUGGCUCUUUUCAAAAACAGAAAGAAAGAGAAUCUCUUUGCAAAUAGGAUUUUUGAGCUGUUUGAUGUUAAGCACAAGGGAGUCAUUGAUUUCAGUGAUUUUGUUAGAUCACUCAAUGUCUUCCAUCCCAAUGCCUCACAAGAAGACAAGAUAGACUUCUCAUUUAAACUAUAUGAUCUGGAUAACACGGGAUUCAUUGAGCGCCAAGAGGUUAAGCAAAUGUUGAUUGCACUUCUCUGUGAAUCGGAAAUGAAGUUGGCUGAUGAGACUGUUGAGAUAAUUCUUGAUAAGACUUUCUUGGACGCUGAUGUAAAUAGAGAUGGGAAGAUAGACAAGUCUGAGUGGGAGAACUUUGUUUGUAGAAACCCAUCCUUAUUAAAGAUAAUGACUCUCCCCUACUUGAGGGACAUCACAACAACGUUUCCGAGUUUUGUCUUUAAUUCUGAGGUGGAUGAGAUUGCUACAUAGAGGAGGAGGGGGGGGGGGGGGGGGGAGACAAGAAAAGAGUGACUUAGGACAUUACUGCAAUUAGAUUGAACAGUAGGUUUUGAUUUUUGGGAAAAAGAGAACUGUGUUGGUCUGAGUUGCAAGCUUUCAACAUUGAUGAGUGAAAUUAGUUUUUGAGGUUCUCAUCUCAACCGCAAAGCGUCGUUUAUCUAAUCCAUGUUGUAGUGAGUCAAACCUCUGCAGCAGUUAUUAGAGUUGGAUCACGGUUCUCUUUUGUUUGAAUGUGGCUAUUACUAAAUCUGGUGUCCAUGUAACCAUGAGAAAUUCAUGCAAAUAUUAUGGCCAGAAAAAAAAUGUAGAUAAGGGUAGCCGAUUUGUCCCUUGCAAAAACCUUGAAGUGGUGCCUGUAAAGUAUAAUUUAUUUGUUCUAAUUGCUAGCCAAUUUGAAUUC